CGACCGGCCGUGCGAUCGAUCCCACCCCAUCCACGGCUUCCAUCCCAUCCCCGAAUCUCACUCCGCACUUCGAAAACAAAACGCCCCCAUCUCCCCCUUCUCCUCCAGGCCAGGUGCUCCGCGCCGGCCGCCGCCGCGCGUAGGUCAGCCCGUCGCCCGAUCCGCGGAUUCCAUUCCGGCGACGGCGCUGCUGCAAGGUCGCGGUCCCAGGAUGGUGGUCGGUUUCCGCCGCACGAUCUCGUUCCCCGCGCCCAAGUCCGCGCCGGCGGCGGGGUCGAACGGGAAGUCCGCGGCCGGCUACCGCGUCCGCUCGGCCAGCCUGCCCUGCCGGUUCCACCCGCUGGUGCUCCAGCUCGACGAAGACGUCGCGGCCCUGCGCGAUCUGGCGGGGGGCCUGGCGUCGGCCGCGACGGCGCGCUCGAUCACGGAGGCCGCGGAGCAGCUGGGGCGGGUCCUGGUGUCGCUCUCCGAGCUGCUCCACCACCCGCAGGCCCAGGAGCCGCUGCGGCGGCUCGGCCGGUCGCCGUUCGCGGAGCGGCUGCUCGACGACUUCCUCCGCCUGGCCGACGCGCACGGCAGCUUCCGCGACGUGCUGGUCGCGCUCACCGCGCUCCAGGCCGAGGCGCGCGCGGCGCUGCGGCGCGAGGACCCGGCGCGCCUGGCGUCCGCCGCGCGCGGGCUCCGUCGGUCCGGCCGCGACCUCCCGCGGAUCGCCUCCUCCGCCCGCGCCGUGGCCGGCAAGGCGCCGCCUCCCGCGCCCGCGGGCCUCCCGUCGGACGCGGCCGCUCUCGCCGCCGCCAUCGUCGACGCGGCGGCGGCCGUCGCAUCCGCCUCGGCCGCGGUCUUCUCCGGCGUGUCCGCCCUGUCCAUUGCCGCCGCCACGGCCCGCGUCGACGUCGUCAGCGCGCCGUGCUGGAUGCCCUCGCCCGCAAGGUUCGCCUCCUCGUCGGCCGCGCCGAGAACCGGCCACCACAUCGUCACCACCAAGCCCUCGUCCAUGCGCAUAUGGUGGGUCGCCGACCUGAUGCGCUGGAUGUCGCGCGCGAAGCGCCGGUCGGCGAGCAAGCAGCACGCCGACGACGGCUGCUCCGCCAAGCAGCCCCAGCCCGACGCGGCCCUGGUCGACCUAGACCCGGAGGAGGAGGACAGGAAGGCGGCGUUUGAGCGCAUGGACAACCUCGGGCGGUGCGUCGCGGACGUGGAGAGCAGCGGCGAGAACGUCUUCCGGGCCCUGGUCAACACGAGAGUCUCCCUGCUCAACAUUCUCAGCCCAAGCUUCUGAAGAAUAGUGAUCCCCAGACGUUGGAACCAUCAACAAUCUCGACUUAUGUGAUGAAAUUUGUAUAUAGUUUAGCAGUACCACCAAUAGAACAUCAAUUGCAGCCGAAGUAAAAGAGAUUUCCGUUUUGUGUUGCCAA